AGGAACAUGUCUCUUGAGCUGACGUUCAACCCAGAUAUACAGAUGACAGAGAUGAUGCGUCUGCGAGUACAGUUUCUGCAGCAGCGAGGCCAGAAACGCCAAGAUGGAGAGCGUCUACUGAAGUCCAAUGAGCAUGUCUACCGUCUGGACUUCUCCGAACAGGACCUGCAUUUCACCCGCUGGAACAUCCGUAUGUCCGCACCUGGGCGCCUCAACAUCAUCGCCACCUCCCAGCUCUGGACGCCCGACCUCACCCACCUCAUGACCCGCCAGCUCCUCGAACCAACCGGGUUCUUCUGGAAAAGCACAGAUGAUGAUUUUAUUCACUGCUACGAGGCUGAUGCUCAGGAGUUCGGCGAGAGGAUAGCCGAGCUGGCCAAGGUUCGCAAGGUGAUGUAUUUUGUGUUCGCCUUUGAAGACGGCUUGAGUCCGGAGAACAUUGAGUGCUCCAUAGAGUUCCAGAAGUGAGAGAACCUGAAGGGUACGACGGCUUUCUGUUCAGUCCUAGUAGUUUAAAAUUAUGUUCCUAAAGACCUAUAAAAUUAGAUUUUGUAAAGUUAUGACCAAGUCUUAAAUGGUUUAUGCAAUUUGAUGAGAUUUAUUUGUCUGAUUGUUCAUGUUUAGCUGUUUUUCUGACAGUGAUGAGACUUUAAUGGAGCUAACCCACAUAAAUCAUACUAUUAAUUAAGAUCAAAAUGAUUCAUGAAUAAUGCAAACUUGUGCUUUUAGUGGUUGUAGUUAUUAAUUCUUUAAAUAACUGAUGCAAAUAACUGUACUGAGGUGUGAUGGCAGUGCCCUUGAGCAGUGGUUCUCAAUCUUUUUCAUUUCAAGGCUCCUUAAUAUCCACAAUAAUAUUCGAAGCCCAUGUUGAUUUUAUGGAUGAGGAAUACAAAUAGAAAUUGAAAAAAAUAUAUAUUUUACUCACAAUUUCUACCUGAUAAACUAUUUUUGAGCUUGGUAAUAAAUACAACAAUGUAUAUUAAUAAAAUAUAUACA